AUGUUCGGGACAACCUAUGCCGUUCUCGGGUCUCUGGCCCUCGCCACUCUCGCCGCCGCUCUUCCCCUCGAGCCCAGGAACCCUCAGGCGCAGCCCCCCGCAAAUGGCACUCCCGGCGUCAACAUCCCCGGCAUCAACAUCCCCGGCCAGAAUGGUCAGGGAGGCUUCAACCUCGGGCCCGGAGGCUUCACCUUUGGAAACCCCGAGAACGGAGGAGGUGGUGUCACCUGGGGCUCCGACGGAUUGAAAAUCACCCCCGGCAACGGCAACCCGGGAAUCUCUGUCGGAGGUGGCCAGCCCGCCCAGCCGGCUCCCAAGCCGCCCCGCCGCGUCCUCGACGAGCAGGACCUGAGUGUUGAGGAGGAGGACUAG